GAGAAUAGGCGUUGGAUAAGAAAGUGCGCAGGAAGUAUAUAUUGCCUCCGAUCUCCUCCCUGCGCAAUUUAGGGCUCUGCUCCUUUCACUUUCACAUCUUCAUGGCGCCAUCUACACCUUUAAAACGCGGGCUUAAGUUGAACUUGAGGAGUUAAAUGAGAUAUGAUGUCUGAAGAGACUGGACCAUUGUUGGUGGCAUAUGAUGAUCCUUCUGACCAACAGUCCCCGUCUUUAGAAGAACCCGGCAGCACGGAUGAGUCACCUGAUGAAACCAGGAUGUCCCAGGAUUUAAGUAAUGAUGCAACUCCAUAUAUAGGGCAAAGGUUUCCUACUCAUGACUCUGCUUAUGAGUUUUAUAGUGAAUUUGCAAAGAGAUGUGGCUUCUCAAUCCGAAGACAUCGAACAGAGGGAAAAGAUGGGAUUGGGAAAGGCCUUACGAGACGCUAUUUUGUUUGUCAUCGUGCUGGGAACACUCCUAUUAAAACACCUAGCGAAAAUAAGCCUCAAAGAAAUAGAAAAUCCUCUCGUUGUGGAUGUCAAGCAUAUAUGAGGAUAAGCAAGACAAUGGAACUUGGACCAGCAGAGUGGCGCGUCACUGGUUUUGCAAACCACCAUAAUCAUGAACUAUUAGAACCAAACCAAGUUCGUUUUCUUCCAGCAUAUCGAACUAUUUCUGAGAUGGACAAGGCUCGAAUUGUUAUGUAUGCCAAAUCAGGAAUUUCUGUGCAGCAAAUGAUGAGGCUCAUGGAGUUAGAGAAAGGUUUGGAGCCAGGAUAUUUGCCUUUCACUGAGAAGGAUGUAAGAAAUCUACUUCAAUCAUUUAGAAAAUUAGAACAUGAAGAAGAGAGCAUUGACUUAUUGCGGAUGUGCCAAAACAUUAAGGAGAAAGAUCCAAACUUCAUAUUCGAGUUUAUGAUCGACUCAAACAACAGGUUAGAGAACAUUGCCUGGUCGUAUGCAUCAUCCAUUCAGGCGUAUGAGAUAUUUGGUGAUGCAGUGGUCUUCGAUACCACACAUCGAUUGACUGCAUUUGACAUGCCACUUGGGAUAUGGGUUGGAAUUAAUAACUAUGGCAUGCCUUGUCUCUUAAGUUGUGUACUUCUUCGGGAGAAGAAUUUGAGAUCAUUUACAUGGGCUUUGAAGGCAUUUAUGGGGUUCAUGAAUGGGAAGGCUCCGCAGACAAUAUUAACCGACCAGAAUCUGUGUCUCAAAGAUGCAAUAGCCAUGGAACUCCCAACUACUAAGCAUGCACUUUGUAUUUGGAUGAUUGUGGCGAAGUUUCCAUCAUGGUUUAAUGCUGUUCUUGGAGAACGUUACAAUGAAUGGAAAAGGGAAUUCUAUCGACUAUAUAAUCUGGAGUCAAUUGAGGAUUUUGAAAUAGGGUGGAGGGAUAUGGUGUAUUCCUUUGGUCUGCAUACUAAUAGUCCCAUAGCCAACUUGUACAGUACGCGUUUUCUUUGGGCAUUACCGUUCUUGAGAAGCCAUUUCUUUGCUGGAAUGGAAACUAUUGACCAAUCAAAAACAAUUAAUGCUUUUAUUCAGCGAUUUUUGAGUGCACAAACUCACCCUAGGCAGUUUAUUGAACAGGUAGCUGAUGCUGUGGAUUUCAAAGAUCAACAAACAAUGCAACAAAAUCUUCAAAAUAUCAGCCUCAAAACAGGGGCCCCAAUGGAAUCCCACGCUGCCACUAUCCUCACUCCUUUUACCUUCUCAAAGCUUCAAGAACAACUCGUAUUGGCAGCCCAUUACGCAUCGUUUCAAAUGGAUGAUGGCUUUCUCGUGAGGCAUCAUACGAAAGCUGAUGGAGGUCGGAAGGUAUAUUGGGUUCAUCCUGAAGGUAUCAUAAGUUGCAGCUGCCGUCAGUUUGAGUUCUCAGGAAUACUCUGCCGCCAUGCUCUUCGAGUCCUAUCGACCGUAAACUGUUUCCAGAUACCCGAAAGCUAUCUUCCCGUACGAUGGAGAAGGAUAAGCAUGCCAUCGGCAAAGCUCCUUCAAAGUACUACAAAUGAUCAUGGUGAAAGGACUCAGUUGUUGCAGAGCAUGGUGACAACUCUUGUUACCGAAUCUGCAAAGUCCCGGGAGAGGCUUGAUUUUGCAACCAAGCAGGUAUCUGUCCUCCUAUCCCGCGUGCGGGAACAUUCAACAUCGUUACCCGAUUCGAGAGAUGUUUCUAGCAGGAGAGUUGAAGGAAACAUUGUAUUCUGCAUAGAGUGAGGGCGAGGGAUGAAUUUAAAGGGACAUGAGCUUAGUUUCAUGUGCCAUUACUGUUCUAAUUCUGUAAUGUAAAGCAUUUAAUGUAAGAAGCUUACUCUCCUCUACGCAUUUC